CCGGCAAGACGCUGCUAGGCGCCAGCCUCGUGGGGGCGUCCCGCGACGCCAGCGACGCCUUCUGGAAGAUGCCGCACAAAGGGCACAGUGGCAUCAACCAGCUGGGCGGCGUCUACGUCAACGGCCGCCCCCUGCCGGACUCGACGCGCCAGAAGAUCGUCGAGCUGGCGCACUCAGGCGCGCGCCCCUGCGACAUCUCCAGGAUCCUGCAGGUCUCCAACGGAUGCGUCUCCAAGAUCCUGGGCAGGUACUACGAGACGGGCUCCAUCAAGCCGCGAGCGAUCGGCGGUUCCAAGCCGCGAGUCGCCACCUCCAACGUGGUCAACAAGAUCGCCGAGUACAAGCGUGAGUGCCCGUCCAUCUUCGCCUGGGAGAUCCGCGACCGGCUCCUCUCCGAGGGCGUCUGCACCAACGACAACAUCCCGAGCGUGUCGUCCAUCAACCGCGUGCUGCGCAACCUGGCGGCGCAGAAGGAGCAGCAGGUGACGGCGCAGAGCGAGUCUGUGUACGACAAGCUGCGCAUGUUCAACGGCCAGGCGGCCGGUUGGGCAUGGUACCCGGGGGCGCCGCCUACGCCGCACCUAGGCUUGGCGCCCGCGGCGGGCAUGCUGCCCGGACAGGCGGCGCGCGAUGACCUCCACAAGAGGGUGACGGGGGAGCUGUCACACGAGACGACGUCUGACGGCAACUCGGAGCACAACUCGUCGGGCGACGAGGACUCUCAGUUGCGCCUGCGCCUCAAGCGGAAGCUGCAGCGCAAUCGCACGUCCUUCACCAACGAGCAGAUCGACUCCCUCGAGAAAGAGUUCGAGCGCACGCACUACCCGGACGUGUUCGCGCGAGAACGCCUAGCGGAGAAGAUCGGUCUGCCCGAAGCCCGCAUACAGGUGUGGUUCUCGAACCGGCGCGCCAAGUGGAGGCGAGAGGAGAAGCUGCGCAACCAGCGACGCGCCGUCGAGCAGGCGGGGGCGCCCACCGCGCCCGCGGGCCGCCUACCGCUCAACUCCGGCUUCAACUCCAUGUACUCCUCCAUCCCGCAGCCCAUCGCCACCAUGGCUGACUCCUACAGCUCCAUGUCGACGAGCCUGAGCAGCAUGGGCGCGGGCAGCUGCCUGCAGCAGCGCGACCACGGCUACCCGUACAUGUUCCACCACCACGACCCGCUGCACUCGCUCAGCUCGUCGUACGCCAGCCACUCGCGCGCCGCCGCCGCCGUCUCGGCCGCCUGCAGUGUGAUCUCGGCGGGCGUGUCGGUGCCGGUGCAGAUCCCCAGCCAGGGGCCGGACCUGACGUCCAACUACUGGCCGCGGAUCCAGUGA